AUGAUAAAGGAUGAUAAUAAUAAUAAUAAUAAUAAUAAUAAUAAUAAUUUCAUAGAAGAAAUUGAUGAUAAAAAUUGGAUAUUAGAAAAACCAAUAUCAGUAUUGGCUUUGGAUCAAGCUGAUCGACGUGUUUUAAAAGUAGCUGAUCAACGUGAUGCUGUACAAAAAAAAACAUUUACAAAAUGGAUGAAUUUUUAUUUAUCAAAAAGACAUGGUUUAUAUGUUGAUGAUUUAUAUUUUGAUUUAAGAGAUGGACAUUUACUAUUAUCUUUAUUAGAAAUAUUUACUAAUCAAACAAUUACUCGUGAACGAGGUACAUCAAAAUUUCAUGCAUUAAGAAAUAUUGAACGAUGUCUUCAAUGUCUUGAACAAGAUCAUAAUAUUCGUCUGGUAAACAUUCGACCUGAAGAAUUAGUUAAUGGUAAUCCAAAAUUAACAUUAGGUCUCAUUUGGCGUAUUAUUCUUCAUUUUCAAUUUUCUGAUCUACCUUUAUCAUCAUCUAAUAAUGAAAAUAUUCCAAUAAAUUCUCAACAAACAAUACCAUCAUCAUCAGAAACAAUAUCAAUCAAAAAUUCUUCUAAAAAUUUAUCAAUCGAUCAAGUACCAUUAAAUUAUCGUAAUAUGUUAUUAAUAUGGGCUCGUCAACAAUGUCAAGAUUAUCCAGGAAUUUAUAUUGAAGAUUUUACAUAUUCAUGGCGUAAUGGUCGAGCAUUUCUUGCUAUACUUCAUCGACAUAAUCCACAUUUAAUUGAUAUUAAACAAGCAUAUUGUCGUUCAAAUCGAGAAAAUCUUAUUCAAGCUUUUGAAUUUGCACAAAAACAUUAUGGAAUUACACAACUUAUUGAUCCUGAAGAUGUCGAUACAGAUGAACCAGAUGAAAAAAGUAUUUUAUUAUAUAUCGCCUAUUUAUAUAAAGCUUGUCCAACAAUACCAAUUCAUCCAUUACGACAAGAACAUGAUCGAAUUCGACUUCAAGAUGAAUUAGUAUCGAGAUAUACAAAUAUUGCAUCUAAUCUUUUUAAAUGGAUAAAAAUUAAAUUAGAUUUUUUAAAUCGUGAAAUUGAAUUUAAAACUUUCGAAGAAUUUCAAACAUUUGAAAAUAUUUUACAAAUAAUAAAAAAUGAUGAAUUAUCAAAAUAUAAUCAAUUAUUACAUCAAUUAAGAUCGAUUGAUGUUGAACUCAAAACUUUACAAUUUCAUGAAUUAUUACAACCUGAUAUUGAAUCAAUAAAUUUAGCUUGGAAUGAACUUGAAAUAAAUCUUCAUCGAAUUGAAAAUGAUCUUAAAAGAUAUAAAAGAUUAAUAAUUGAUUUAGAUUUAAUUGAACGUGAUAUUACAAAUAUUGAAAUAAAAUCAAAACAAUUUGAUACUCAUACAAAAAUUAAUCAUAUGAAUGAUAUACAAAUAAAAUUAGAUCAAAUAUUAAAUCAUUGUCAAACAUUAUUAUUAUCAAAUGAACAAACUCAAAAUCUUCUUGAACGUAUUCAUCAAUUAAAUUUACGUGUUAAUAUUCAUUUAACUUUAUCAUCAACAAUAACAAAUGGUUUUCAUCAAAUAUCAAAACAACAAACUCGUUCUUCUCCAUCAACUGAUAGUGAAAAACUAAAUAUUAUUGUAACUGGAGAUUUUAGACAAGAUGUUAAUUUAUCACAAUCUAAGAAUACUGAUUUAAUACAAUCUAAUAUAAAAAAUUUAAUUGAAGAACUUUAUUUAAUUAAUUCAAAUAUAAAUAUACUUGAUCAAUUACUUCAAAAACGUAUAAUAUAUUUCUUACAAACUGAUUUAUUAACAUCCAAUGAUCAGUUUUUUACAUUAUAUAAGCAACAUAAGACCAUCAGUUGUGAACAAAUAAUGCAGCGCUCUUUUUCUUCAUCGUGUGCUGAUCAUCGUUCAUCAAUGACAACAUGUCGACAUUUACCAAUUCAUUCUGCUUGUAAUAAUAACUAUGAUUAUUACUCGUCCGAUGCUGACUCGCAGCAUCAUACAUAUCUUCAUCGAACAUCAUCGACAAGUAGUUUCUCUUCAACAGGCUCAACUUGCAGUGCUAGUUAUCGUAUUUUACCAGUACGUUAUUCAUCAGUUGAUAGAAUUCUACCAAAACCACCAAUAGUAACAUCUAAUGAACGUGGUAUUAACGUACGCAUACAAUUUGAUCAUCCACCUCAACAUCAUCAUCAUAAACAUCAUUAUCGACAUCAUCGUCAACAUAACAUUGAAAAAUCUGAACAUCAUCAUCGUAAACAUAUGACUAGAGAACAUCAACAUUACGGUUCAUGUCCUGUUCUUGAUCAACAUUAUAAAAAAUCAACAUCAUUAGGUCCAUCAAAUAUAACAUGUAUUGAAACACGAUCAAUUGUACGAGAUAAUUCAAAUGAACAACUUAAUAAAAAUAAUUAUUCAAAUUCAUUAACUAUUCGUGAUCGAUCCAAACCUCGAUCAUCAAUAACAAGUACACGUAUAAAACAUAUUCCACUUGAUACAAAUGUUCUAUCAACACGAGACUUUGAAAAUAAUCUUCUUUCACACGCAAGUCGUAUUAAAGAUAUUCGUAAUCAUAUACGACAAGAAUAUAAUACAAUAUCACAUCAUGAACUACGUUCAUUAGUUAAUCAAACAUCAGAUCAUGUACAAAAUCUAUUUACAAAAUCAAAAGAUUAUUCUGAUAAAUUGAUUAUUACUGAAACUGCUUUAAAUCUUCUAAAUACUCUUACAUCUCAAAUCAUUGAAAUAGAAACACGUUUAUUAUCUCAAAAAGCACUUAUUGACGAUGAAAAUUAUUUUCAUCGUCAAUUAAAUGAACUUAACGAAUUACAUAAUCAAGCACAAAUACUUGAGAAGUCAAUUACAGAUCUUCUCAUACAAAGUAAACAAUUAGGUAAUGACAAAUUAAUACAUAUUAGUGAACACUUAUCAUCACGUUGGCAACAAAUUAUAUCAGAAAUAAUUCAAAGGAAACGAUCGAUUAAACGAAUCAUUGAAACAAAUCGAUCGUUUAAAAAAUUAUUUGAACAAGAAAAACGUUUACUUCAUCAUAUUGAAAGACGUAUGCAAAGUCUUGAAACUAUAACAACUGAUAGAGAUAAACUUCAAAGAAUGUCAAAAACUGUUGUUGAUUUGUUUAAUGAUAUUCUUUAUCGAGCACAAGCAAUUGAACAUAUGAAUGAUGUUGCUGUCAAACUUAUACAAGAAGUUAAGAUGUAUAACAAAAAUUUAAAACGUUUUCGUGUAUCAAUACGCGAUACAAAUUCAAAUCUAAAUGCAUCAAUUUCUAAUAAACAACAACAAUAUUCAUCAAAAGUUCAACAUAUUUCUCGAGCUGUGUCAAAUCAAGUUGAAGAAUUUGAUAGACAUUAUGCUAAUCUUCUUGCUCAUAUGGAAGAAUAUACACGUUCAUUUGUAAAAAAUUCAAAUACAAUUGGACAAAUAAUUAAUCUUCCUCUUGAUUCUGCUGUAACAAUUGUUCAUCUUUAUCGUACUACAAUCGCAACUCGAUAUAAUACUACUGGAGAAUCUCUUUUUUCAUCAUCCGAUGAAGAUGAACAAUCAUUUUUAUCAUCAUCUGUAAAACAGAAUCAACAAAACAAUGAUGAAACAGGUUUUAUUGACGUGUCACACGGAAAGGUCACUGUCGAUCGUAAUUAUCAUUAUCCUUUAUCAUCAUUAGACAAUUCAGUUUCACUUGAAACUACUUAUGUUAUACCAACAAACGAAUUAUCAUCAACAUUUGGAAUAGAUAAUGAUUUAUCAAAUAAUAAGAAAGUAAGAUUUAUCAUUGAAAAACAACAACCAACAUCAUCAAUUGUUAAAAACUCGCGUAGCGCCUACGUGGUCGAUACGCUCGAACAACGUAAUUACGAUUUACGUGAAGCUUAUUCUCGUGGUUUAAUAAAUUCAAAUAAUCAUCAUAUUAUCGAUCGUGCUAAAUCAAGAGAAUUAGAUUUAGGUGAAGGAUUAAAAAUGGGUAUUCUUAAAGUUGGUGAUCCACAAUCAUAUAAUAUUAUAUCAAAAACUGAAUCACUUAUUAUUUCAAGUGUAUUUGAUCAUCGUUUAAAUACAUUUGUUGAUCCAAAUAUUGCUAUACGUACAAAAAUUCUUGAUCCUUAUCAUGGUUUAUAUAUAAAUAAUUUAACACAAGAAUCAAUAUCAAUUGAUGAUGCUAUGACAAAAGGUUUUAUUAUCGUUGAACAACAACAUCCAUUACAACAAUCAUCAAAUCAUCAUACUGAUAAAUAUGUUAUAUCAACAUCAUUAAUACGUGAAACACGAUCUUAUCAUUUAUUAGGUGUUCGUGAUUAUCUUAAUAAUAAAGAAUUAACAGUUCAAGAAGCUAUACGUUUAGGUAUAUUAGAUAAACAAAAUGGACAAUAUAUUAAUCGAAAAACAAAUGAAAUAUUAUCAAUAUCUGAAGCUAUUGCACAAGGACAUAUACGUGCUCAACCAUUACCAGUUGAAUCAACAACAAAUCAAGAUACAUCAGGAAUAAAUAAACGUGGUACAGUUAAAGAAACUAAAACAUAUACACUUAAAAGUGCUAUACAUCCAAGAACACGUCAAGAAAUUCCUAUACGUGUAGCUAUUGAUGAAGGAAUUAUUGAUCAUGCUAAAGGUUAUUAUGUAAAUAGUAUAACAGGUGAAAAUCUUCCAAUAAGUGUUGCUAUUGAAAGAGGUUUAAUAUUUACGGAAUUGCUUGAUCAACAUUCAAAACGUUAUAGAAAAACAUUAAUUAUUGAACAAGUUAUUGAUCCUGUUACAAAUCGUCGUUUAGGUGUUAAUGAAGCUAUUAAAAUAGGUUUAUUAAAUUCAAAUGUAACAACAUAUUAUCAUUCAGUUACACAAAAACAAAUGUCUAUACUUGAAGCAUAUGAACAAGGUUUAAUUAUUGGUAAAUUUCAUGAUCAACAUCCAUCAUCAUUUUAUGGUGAUCAACAUGAACAAGUUUUUUAUUUAAUAACUGGUAUUGUUGAUAUACGUACAGAUAAAAUUUAUACUCUUCAAGAAGGUAUACAACAAAAAUUAUUUGAUCAUAAAAAAGGUGUUUAUAUGCAUCCAAUAACAGGUGAUGAAAUAAAUAUAGGUGAUGCUGUUAAACGUGGUUUUAUACAAGUACAAGCUGUAUCAUCACAAAUUAUAUUUAAUAGUACAGAUCAAAUAUUAAAUGAUAAACGUCGUACAAUAAUAAGUCAAGAACCAUAUGGUAAUAUAAAUGAUUCACGUUCAAAAUUAUCUAUACGUAUUGAAUCACAAACACGUCCACGUACACCUUAUGAAAUAAAUGAAUCUGAAAGUUUACAACAUGAUAAAGAUGUUGUAGAAAUUGAAUCUAUUCAACGUUUACCAAGACAUAAAAAACAACAUGUUAUUACACGUGAAGAAGAAAUUAUUGAACAACAUACAAAAAAUAUUGUUGAUAGAGAAAUAUUUAUUAAUCGUAGUGGAAUUAAUCGAGGUAAAUCAAAUGAAAGACAAAAACAACAAUAUAUUGAAGAAGUUGUUAUUGAUGAUGGUAUACCUAAUAAUCGUCGAGCUAAAUUUGAUAUUAAAGAAGAUCGACAUACAUCACAUAGAGAAAUUGUUAUUGAAGGUGAUAGAUAUAUACCACCACCACCUAAAGAUCAACUUAUUAUAAAUGGUACUCAACGUGAACAUGAGGUUCGAGUUGUUCCAACAACACGUCCACCAAGACCAAUAUCACCACCACGUGCUAUUCAUAUUGAUGAUCGUCAACGUGAAGGUCAGCGUAUACAUCAUGGUGAAAUUAUUAUUGAUGAUCAUCAACGUUCAUAUACAACACCAUCAACAACAACAACAACAAUAAAAAAAGAAUAUAUUGAUAUAACAGAUAAUCAUGUUAAAACACCUCCAGUACAAAAACAACAAACAACUGAUUAUACCGUUGAUGAACAACAAUCAUGGACAGAAGAAGAAUGGGAACAAUGGCAUUGUAUAAUGAUGAUUAAAGGUCAACCAUAUCGUGUUGUUUGGGUAAUGAAUACAGCAACAGGUGAUCGUUUACCAUUACAAAAUGCUUAUCAACGUGGUUUAGUUGAUACAAAACAACGUUUAUUUUAUGAUGAAAAAUUAAAUCGUCAAACAUAUACAUUUGAAAAAGCUGUUGAAUUAGGUUAUAUGGGUAUUGAACCUGAUACAGCAUCAUUACCAAUACAUGUUGAUGGUAUUGAUUAUAUGAUACAUUGGGUAUUAGAUUCAUCAACAAAACGUCGAAUAUUUCCACGACAAGCUGUACGUAAACAAAUUUUAGAUCCUACAUUUGGUCGUUAUAUAAAUCCAUAUAAUAAAUCUCAAGUAUCAUUACAUGAAGCUAUUUAUUUAAAAUUUAUUGGUGCAACUGAAUAUAAUACAAUAAAUGAUAUAUUAACAAUAACAAUUAAUGGACAAACAUAUAAUAUAAAAUGGGUUUAUGAUACACGUAAUAUGAAAAAAAUUUUACCACGUGAUGCAUUAAAACAAGGUAUUUUGGAUAUACAAUUAAAUGAAUAUCGUAAAUUUGAUACAAAUGAUGUUAUGACUAUUUAUGAUGCUAUACAAGCUGGUUAUAUACGUUGUAGUGAUGAUGAUUCAUCAUCAGAUAAUAGUGUAAGACCACCAUCAAUAAUAUCUGUUGAUGAAGAUGAAUUAACUAUAGCAACAAAAACAGCUACAUAUGUUAUUACAUCAGUUAUACAUCCAUUAACACAAAAAGAAAUCAAAGUAUCAGAAGCUAUUGAUUUGGGUAUACUUGAUAAAGAUAUUGGUAGUUAUCGAGAUUUAGUAACUAAUGUUCAAUAUGAAUUAGCUGAAGCAAUAAAUGAAGGUUUAGUUUAUGCAACAAUAAUUGAAACAAAAGAAGAUACAGAAAUGUUAACAUCAUCAGUACAAGAAAUUGUGAGAAAAUUUAUUGUUAAAAGUGUAGCUGUUGAUAGUGAAUCACAAGAAAAAAUUGGUGGUUUAGAAGCACAAGCUAUUGGUAUACUUAAUUAUGCACAAGGUGUUUAUCAUGAUCGAAAAUAUGGUGUAAGAAUUCCACUUGAUAAAGCUAUUGAAAAGAAAUUACUCGAUGUAGAACUUAUAAGUCAAAAUCGUUUUGAAGAAUAUGAUUUAGAAUUAAUAACUGAUACAAUUACAGAAAAACGUAUUACAUUAUAUAAAAUUCAUGGUGUACGUAAUAAUGUAUUAGAUCGUAUGGAAUCAGGUGCUGUAGCUGUUAAAAAUCAAAUAAUUGAUACAGAAGCUAAAACUUAUACGGAUUUUUCAACUGGUGAAACAAUGCCUAUACAAGAAGCUAUUAAUAAACGUUUAGUUGAUGCUGAAAUAAGUGAACAUGUUGAACGAAAACCAUUAGGUUUAUCAAUGCAAAAUGCUAUUCGACUUGGUUUUUAUGUAGCUGAAACAGGUACAUUUCGUGAUCCAGCUACUGAACAAUAUAUGACAUUAAUGGAAGCUAUUGAACGUGGUCAUAUACAUGUAAAUGGUAUUGCAUUUGCUGAUAGUGAACAAGGUCCAAUAACAUUAUAUGAUGCAUUAUCAUUAGGUUUAAUAAAUCGUCGUGAUGGUGGUAAAUUAAAUCCACCUAAAAUAAAUUUAUAUCGUGCAAGAUUAGUUGAAUCAAAAUUACAUCGUAUGAAUGUUGAAGAUGCAAUACGUUGUGGUUUACUUAAUCUUCGUACAGGUUUUUAUAAACAUCCACAUAGUGGUGAACAAUUAAAUUUAAAAGAAGCUAUACAACGUGGUUUAAUUGAUGGACAAAGUACAAUAAUUGAACAUCCAACAAGUGGACGUUUUAUGACAUUAAAAGAAGCAUUAGAUGGUAUACGUAUUGAUAAUGAUGGACAAGUUAUUGAUUCAUAUACAAAUAAAAUUAUAACAACAUUAGAAUUAGCAUUUAAUCAUAGAAAAUUAUUUUCACAAUUUGAUGUUAAUGCUGGUGAAGUAUUUCUUCCAUUACGUAAUGAAUCAGUUGGUUUUGAAAAAGCAAUAAGAAAAAAUUUACUUGAUAAUAAUCGUAUGAAAUUAUUUGAUCCUAAAACUAGUCGUGAAUAUACAAUACAAGAUGCUAUUGAACGUGGUUUAGUUGAUUCUGAAUCAGGUUUAAUUUAUGAUACACAUACACAUACACAAUAUUCAAUACGUGAAGCUAUACGUCAUGGUAUUGUUGCUAUUGUUGGUGCACCACUUGUACCAAUAAAAGCAAAUCAUGAUACAGUUGCAGCUAAAAUAACAUCAAGAAAAAAUCGAAGACAUUCAUUAGCUAAAAGUUCAUUACAUUUUGAUUAUAAUAGUGCACCAGAUUCAGCUGAUGAAGAUUCACAAGGUAGUGGUUGGCAUAGAAUUAAAUCAAAAACACGUGCUAUUAGUCCAUUAAGUUUUGAUGGUCGAAAUGAUUUAAAAUAUAAUAUACGUCGACGUACAGGUUCAAGUCCAACACGAACAUGUCGUGAUGAUGAUUGGAGAACACGAUGGACUGGUGGAAAUAAUAAAGAUGAUGAUGAUGAUAGUACAUUUGGAUCAGGUGGUGGUGGUGGUUCGAGACGUUUUGGUGGAAAUUCAUUUUAUUCAAAUGUUACAACUCAAAUACAACAAACAAAUAAUUCAUCAGAUCAAUCACAAGGUGGACAAACAUCAUCGGGUUUUCAACAAAAACAAGAACAAUUAUCUUCUUUAUCAACAGUCACACCAAAGGUGAGUUUGGACUCAUCAUUAUCAAAUAAUCAGGAAAAUGACAAAUCAAAUGAACCUAUUGAAAUCAUAUAUGAUGUAUUAUCAACAACAAAAAUUUCUAAUGAUGAACAAUCAUUAUUAUCAACUAUCGAUGAUAAUAAUAAUGAUAUAUUACAGUCAUCAGUUUCAAUUGAGUCAACUUCGAAAAUACAGGAUGAUGAAAAUUGUUUAAUUUUGGAGAUGCAUGAUGUUGCUGGUCGUUUAACAUUAUUACAUAAUCAAUUAAAUCAAUAUGUUUAUUUAACUGAAAAUCUUAAUGAACUUCAAAUAAAUGUUGAACAUAUUAAAAAAUUAUAUGCAGAAAUUGAAAAAGAAAAAUCAAUAAUUCAUAAUCUUAUUGAACGAGCUACGAAUAUUAAUCCACAAUUAGCAAUAUUAACUACAGAUCUUGAAGAUAAACGAGUUGAAAUAUCUGAUAUUAAUAAUGGUUUGAGUAAUAUUAUUGAACGAUUUAUUGUUCAACUCGAUCAAUUUAAUACAAAAUAUAUUUAUUUAAUUGAAUGGCUUAAAACUAAUGAAAAAGAAAUUGAAAAUAAUUUACAAUUAUCAACAUUAAAUAUUGAUAAUGAUAAAUUUAAAAAUAUUUUAAAUACAGGAAUUAAUUUACAAAAUGAUUUUAUAUUUCUUCAAGAAUAUUUACAAAUAAUUGAUUUAAUAAUACAAGAUUUUCAACAAGCAACUGAAAAUACAGAUGAUGGAAAAUCAACAAUGAUUUUUAAACAACUUCAACAAUCAUUAGAAUUAUUAUCAAUAAAUUAUUUUGAUUUUCUUAAACGUUGUAAACAAAUAUCAGAUAUAUGUGAACGUUAUUUAAUCUUAUUCAAUGAAAUAAAUUAUUUAGAUGAAGAAUUUAUUAAAUCAAUGAAUGAAUUUGAUCAACAUUUAGCUAUGAAUGAAAAGAAUCAACAAGAUGAUAAUAUAUUACAAAGUCUUUUACUUAAUGUUCAACAGCAAUUAGAUAAAUUACGUUUGCUUUCAACACAUGAGCCCACUUCAACAUCAACAAUUGUAGCGUUGAAUAACCAUAUUCAUAAUCAAAUAAAAGAACAUCUUUUUAUUCUACUUAAUUCUCAUACUGAACGUUAUAAUGAUGCUCAAAAACGUUUAAUGCAUCAUAUCGAAUUAAUCGAACGUUUUCUUCAUGAACGUCAAACAAUAAAAGAACGUAUAAAUGAAUUAUAUCAUUGGUUAUUAUCUUCAAUUGAAAAUAAUUUUUUUUCAAAACCAUUAUCUUUAAAUCGUACAAAAUUAGACGAAAAAAUAAUAAAUUUUCGUCAAUUUCAUGCACAAUUACGUACACGUCAAUAUUCAUUUGAUUCUGAUAUAAAUACAACAAUAAAUUUUGAACAAUUAUUUGAUAAUGAUGAUAAAAAUUUUUUAAAAUUAAUUAAUGAAUAUUUUCAAUUAUUAAAUGAACAAUCAAAUCAAUACAAUGAACAUAUUAAUCGUUUAUCAACACGUUUAAAUGAAUUUCAUCUUGAACAUACACAUCUAAUUGAUACAUAUGCAAAUUCUAUACGUCUUUAUGUUGAACAAAUAAAACAAAAUGAUGAUAUAAAUUUUUCAGCAUUAGAAUUAUUAUUAAAUAAUGAUCGAAAUUUAAUUAUUGAUCAUACAUUAUAUGAUCAAUUAAUAAAUGAUUUAUUAGAAACAAAAAAUAUUGAAGAUAAAAAUGAUAUAUUAAAAUAUAAAAAUGAAGUUAAUGAAUAUAAAAUUCAUUAUGAAAAAUUUCAAAAUGAUUUAAAAUUAAUUCUUCAAAAUCGACAAACUAUAUUAAAUCAAUAUGAUUUAAUUCGAAAUCAAAUUGAAGAAUUUUUAUUAACAACAGAUCGUUUAUUAAAUCAAACAUUAACAAUUGAUAUAUGUCAAGAUUUAUUAACUAAACAUUCAAAAUUACCUAUUGAACAAUUAAAAAUUAUAACUGAACAAUUAAUUAAUUUUUAUUCAUCACCAAAUCUUUUAAAUUUAUAUGAACAAUUAAAAUUAUCAAAACCAAUAAAUCAUUCAAAUUUAACAUUAAUUUAUCAAAAACAAACUGAUGAUUUAAUUGAAUAUUAUUUAUCAAUUAAACAACAAUUACUUCAAUAUAUUGAAUUAUUAGAAAAUAUUCAACAAAAAACAAAUCAAUAUCAAUUAAUUAAACAAAUUGCUGAAAAUUCGAUUGAAAAAGCUAAACAAUUAGUUACAAUAGAUGAAACUAUAUUACUUCCAUUAGAUAGUGAACAAAUUAUUAUUAUGUUACAAAAAUAUAAAGACAUUGGUGAUCAACUUAGAACAAUGUCAUCAACUAUUGAUGAAUACAAAGAUAUUGGUGUAACAUUAAUAAACAUGGCUCAACGAUAUAUUGAUACUGAUAUUAUUGAAAAUGAGAUUACUUCUAUUGAUAAAACUUGGUCUGAAUAUGUUGAAUAUAUUUUUGAUACAAUUGAUUAUAUUCAAUUACAUCAAGAAGAUUUACAUGAAUUUUAUCAAUUAGCUAAUAAUUUAUUAGUUUUACUCAAUGAAAAACAAAUACAAAUUAAAACAAUUAAAGAUGAUGAAUUAAAAAAUUUUCAUGAUGAAAUUGAAAAUCUUAAUGAACAAAUUGAAUUAUUAAAUCAAAAAGGUGAACUUUUAUUACAAAGUUCAACAAUUGAUUCAAAUGAUAAUCAAAUUGAACAUUUAUUAGAAACAAUUAAUCGAAAUUAUGAUAGUUUAACUAUCAAAAUAAAAAUUCCCUUAGAUAAUAUUAACGAAAUACAUCAAUCAACAACAACAACAACAACAGAUAAUAUUUCAUCAAUACCAUCGAAUCAAUUCGUUGAUGAACUUCAUCAUCAUAUGAAUGAAAUAGAUUUAACUAUGAAUGAAUUAUCAGAAUUAUUAGUUUCAUCAACAAAUGAUGCAAUAUCAUCUCAACCAAUUAAAUUAACUGAACAAUUACUUGAUAAUACUGUUAUUCAUAAUGAAUUAGAAAAACGAAAACAUGCUCUUGAACAAUUAUAUUCAAAUAUAGAAACAUUUAAACCAAUGAUAACGAAUACAGAAGAUAUGGAUUCAAUCAAAGUUCUGGAUGAAAAACUUGCUCUAUUAAAUCAACAUUGGUUAAUAAUGAAACAAACAAAUGAAUUACGUGAAGAAAAUCUUCUAUUAACUCAAGUAUGUUCUAAUAAAUUUUGGUCAGAAUAUAAUGAACUUUCAAUAAUACUUAAUAAUAUUUCUCAACAAUUAUUACAAAUUCGUCCACGUUCAUCAUCUCGACAAUAUCUUGAAAAUGAACAAGAAAAAUAUAAUCAAUUAAUAAAAGAUUUUUCAAAUAAUGAAAUUAAAUAUCAAGAUAUUUUACAAAAAUAUAGUUUACAAUUAUUAACAUUAAUUUCAAGUAAUCAACAAGAAACAGAUGAUAUUUAUCGUUAUUUAUAUGAAUUAGAACAACAAUGGAAACAUUUAGAAAUAGAUUUAAAUACAUGUCAACAAGAAUUAACACAAUCAAUGAUUAAAUCUGAUGAAUUAAAUACUAAAUUAGAAAAUGUUUCAACAUGGUUUAAUGAUAAAUCAUCAUUUACAACAAAUAUUAGAACAAAUAAUGAAUUAGAAGAUAUUCGAAUAUUUAAAGAACAUUUAGAUGAUAAAUAUAUUGAUAUUAUUAAUUUAAAACAAGAUUAUACUGAUAUUGAACAACAAAAUGAAUUUAUUAUAGAAGAAAAACCAAAUAUUGUUGAAGAACAAUUUGUAGAAAUUGAUUCUAAAUGGGCUCAAUUAAAAGAUAAAAUACAAGAACAGAAAACUCUUAUUUAUGAAACUGCUCUUCAUCAAAAUCGUAUUGGUGAUGUUAUUGCUGAUAUAACACAAUCAUUAGAUGCUUGUGCAAUAAAAUUAUCUGUUUUAAUUAAUAAUUCUUCUGAUAUAAAUCUUAUUGAUAUAAAACAAAUUGAAAUUUUUAUUGCAAAAUUUCGUAUACUUUUAAAUGAUAUUGAAUUAAUAUCAUAUGAUAUUGAACAAUUAAAACAAAAUAAUUAUGAAGAUAAAAAUACAAUUUUAUUAAUAAAUAAUCGUUGGGAAGAAUUACUUAAACAAACAAAUGAAAAAUAUAAUUUAUUAGAAAAUAAAUUACAAGAAAUAAAAUUUCAACAAAAAUUAUUUGAUCAAAUUUAUUAUGAACUUAAUUUAAUUGAUAAACAAAUUAAUGAAAGUACAAUACAUACAAAAUAUUCUUUAAUUAUCGAACGUUUAGAACUUAUUGAAAGACAAAUUAAUAAAGAAUUUACAGAUGAUAAUAAUGAACAAAUUAAAGAUUUAAAACAACAUUUAAUCGAUGUUAAACAACGAACAUUAAAAAAAGGUCAAGAACUUCUUGAAUUAACACAUUCAAUUGAACUUUUUCAUACAUUAUUAAAAAAAUCUACGGAUUUUUUAACUGAAAGUGAACGUUAUUUAAAUAUACAAAAACCAAUUCAACGUCGUUUUGCUUUAUAUCAAACAUUAUUAAAACAAAUCGAUGAACAUAAAAUAUUUCAAAAUCAAUUAGAAACAUAUAAACAAUAUUUUAUUGAUUUAGAUAAAUUAGCUAUACAUUUAAAAUAUAUUUUACCUAAAAAUGAUUCAAUUUAUAUAAGAAAUUCUUUAAUAUCAGUUCAAACACGUUGGCAAAAUAUUCUUACACGUGCAAAUCAAAAAAUGAAAGAAUUAGAAAAAGCUAUUCAAACAGCAAAAAAAAUAGUUCAACCGGUAGUAGCAGAUAUUGAUAGAAUUAAAAGUGAAGUUAAUCGACAAACAUCUCUUUGUCAAUGUUCAAAAAAAUAUGAUGUACAACAAAUAGCCGAAGGACGAUAUCGAUUUGGUGAAUCACAAAGUCUUCGUCUUGUUCGUAUACUUCGUUCAACAGUCAUGGUUCGUGUUGGUGGUGGUUGGACAGCACUUGAUGAAUUUCUUGUUCGACAUGAUCCAUGUCGAGGAAUGCAUGUUUAUAGUCGAUUUUUGGCAACUGUUGCUGCAGCUAAAGGUCGUACUAAUUAUGAAUUACAUCCAGAAAAUUAUGCUUUACGUGAUGGUGUUGCUCAAACAAUGACAUUUUUUAAACCAAGACUUGUUACUGUUCAUCAACCAACAUGUUUUUUUCAUCAACAACAAUCAACUGGUUCAUUAAAACAAUCAUCAAUAGCAACACCUACUAAGUCUUUAAAAGAUAAAUCGAAUCGAACAUCAUCAACAAUAUCUUUAACGCAACAACAACAACAAAAUUCAUCAUCAAAUGGUGAUUUAUCCGUAUCACGUGAAGAUCUUUCAGCAUCACCACAUAUUCUUAGUGAUUCAGAAACAAGACCAUCCUUAAUACCAAUACCAAUUCCAAUGUAUACACCUGCAACAUCAACACUAAGUCGAACAUCAAGUCGUGAAAGUAUUCUUUCUGAACAAUCAUGUGCAUCAACAUCAUCAACAACACAACAACGACGACCAAAUAUGUGUCCACUUGAAUAUCGUAUUAUUGAUCCAAAUCAUACAUUUUGUUCGAAACCAUUUCCAAAUGUUAUUGAUCAACGUGUUACUUCAUCUGAACGGUCAUAUAUUAUUAACAUGCAUAAUUAUGAACGACGUCGUGCAUAUGGUACUAAUAUCGAAAAAAUGUAUUGGAAUGAUGAUUUAGCUGAAAUUGCUCUUCGUCAUGCUCGUACAUGUAUAUUUGAACAUGAUAAAACCAAUCAACGAAAUGUACCAAAAAUUCCUUUAUCAACGGGACAAAAUCUUGCUAUGGGUUAUGAAAAUUGGAUAGAAGUUUUAGAAGGAUGGAGUGAAGAAAAAGAAUAUUAUUAUCAUGCCUUUCCAUCAACACAUAUGUUCAGUCAUUAUACACAGAUGAUAUGGCAUUCAUCAGUAUUAAUUGGUUGUGCAGCAACGAUUUGUCCGCCAUUUGGAACACACAAUAUUCCAUGGCGUUUUUUUAUUUGUAAUUAUAUCACAGGAAUGUUAAAUAGCAAUUACCAUGAAGCAUUCAAACCAAGUAUUGAAUAUCAUCCAUUGCAUGAUUGUCAAGGUAAAGUAUGUCUAUAUAAUGGUACCCUUGAUUUAAAUACAUGUAAAUGUCAAUGUUCUACAUAUGCAAGUGGUCUACAAUGUGAAAAAUUAAAUUGUUCAAUGCUACCUUCAUGUCCUUAUCAUUCAUCAGUAUCUUGUAUAGCUGUUGAUGUUCCAUUAGAAUGUCCUCGUCUUUGUGGUCUAUGUGAUCGAUAUGAAAUAUUAAAAAAUAUUUAUGGUGAAGAGAAUUUAACAUCUACGAUUAUUUUUACUACCAAUGAAAAAAGUUCAAUCAAUAUGAAAUCAACAUUACACAAUUUACAAAAUCACAUCCAAUUUAAUUCAACAUCAAUUAUCAAUACAACAAUGUCUAUGAUCGUUUUAUCAGCAUCAUCAACAAAAUAUUCAUUUUAUCAAAUGAUUGUAUAUGUAGUUAUUAAAUAUUUAUUUUUUGCAUAA